AUGAGGGGGUUGCUGGUGUGCAUUGCCUCGUGCGCAGGUUUGGCUGCUGCGAGUCCACGGCUGGGUCGCGACCUGCGAGCCUGCGUGGCCGAGGUGCUGGGUGAGGGAGCGGACGGGCGCGUCGUCGGGCCAGAAGAAUCGACGUACACCGAUGCCCGGAUGGGAGAAUCGAUCCAGUUUGAGCAGAUGCCAGCGUUGAUUGCGUACGCGAGCCGCGCCUCGCAGGUUGCGCCUCUUGUUCGGUGUGCGCGGAGGUCGCGCGUCAGAGCUGUUCCGAGGGCAGGAGGGCACCACCUCGUCAUCGACGUGACGCACAUCGACUACGUCCGCGUCUCGGCCGACAAGGCAACCGCCCGGGUCGGCGGCGGGAUACGUCUCGGAGCCUUGUACACUGCUCUUCAUCACCAUGGGCGCGACUGGCCGGGCGGGAUCUGCCCCACCGUCGGCUUGUCCGGGUUCCUCGGCGCGGGCGGCUUCAACAUGCAGAUGCGCACCUUGGGCCUCGGCGUGGACCACGUCGUCGCCGCAAAGGUCGUGCUCGCCAACGGUCAUCUCGUCGACGCCUCUGCCAGAGAGAACAGCGACCUGUUCUGGGCGGUGCGCGGCGGGGGCGGAGGCUCGUACGGCAUCGUCGUCGAAUGGACCCUCGGGCUCUCGCAGUUCCCUCGCUCCUCCAUGGUCCGCAUCAGAUGGGACGAGCCGGAAUCCAGGGUCGAUCUGGCAACUCGCUUCCUUGAGUGGGCGCCCAGAACGGACCCGGCAUUCAUGUCCUCUGUCAACGUGUACAAGAACCGGACCGAAGUCUUGGGCUGGUGUCUCGGGUGCGCACUCGACCACGCGAGGGCUCUCAUGAACUCGUCCGGCCUGCUGGCCAUCGGGAAACCCCAAGUCAAAAUCUCGGGAGGUUGUAAUUCCGUCAACGCCCGCAUCUUCGGGUACGCUGUGGGUGACUGCAUCCCAGACGCAGAAGUGUCCAAGUAUGCGCCGUUGGCGAUGAACGUGCUGCAGCAGCCAUUCGCCCGGGUGGGCAAAUAUCCGACAUUCGCAUGGAACGAGACUCGUCAGGACCCGAGAGCUCCCCAGGCGCAGCCCUGGCCCAGGUUUAGAAGAAUGAGCAAGAGCUUCUUCAUGCAGAAGAGUAAGAAGCUGGGCAGAGAAGCGGUGCAGAGUCUGGUGGACAGGCUGACGGAGCUGCCGGAUGAGGUGAGCGGUUGGGGGGAGUGGCAUGCGUGGAACAUUAGUCGAAAAGGAGAGGAUCAGGCGGCAUUUGCGUGGAGGGGGGAAGCGUAUGCUCAUCUAGAGUUUAUAUUGACGGGGUCCGAGGACGCCGAGAAGCAGAAGUGGCUGGCCGACUGGAACAACGACUUGGAAGGCUAUCUCAGGCCAUUGACCGGUCCUGCUUCGUAUGCUGGCUAUAUGGAUGCCGAUAUCUCGACAGAUCCGCUGCAGUCGUACUAUGGGCGUAAUGUAAACAGGUUGCAGCUGAUCAAGGCCAAGUAUGACCCGUCCAACUUUUUUGAUAACCCGUUGGGUGUUGUCCCUGGUCGAUAG